AUGUGUUGCUCUAGUGGGAAAGUCUUACUUCCACGUGUUCCUCCUCCACAUGAGCUUCUUCAAAUAUUUUCAGAUCAAACAUCUGAAAGUAGACAUUUUAGACAACAUAUAAGAAGUUACAAUCAUGUCUUCUCAUUCACUUCUCUUGGUGUUCAUAUGGAUGAAACUAUAGUAGCAAAUGGUCGUGAAAUAUAUAGUUUUCGUGCUCAAGGUGCAAUCUAUCAUAGGAUAGGAGGAUUUUAUCCAAAUGAUGGGUCCAGACCCCGGUUUUUGCAGUUGUACAUUUAUGACACUGAACAUGAAUUACAAAAUAGAAUGUUGGAAAACCCUCAACUUCAUCAAACUAUUGUUCAUAAAUUGCAACAAAUAUUACACCGGUGCAAUCCUUUUGUGCAUGUAUUUCGACAACUUGCUCAAGAACCAAAUAUUCAGAUAUGUUCUUUACUCAUUAAAGAGCGUCCUGCGAAUCAACCACAGUAUAAUCUUCCAACUGCAUCUCAAGUAGCAACUAUUAUUGUUACUGCAGACACAGAAUCAAUGGCACGUGGCCGAGAUAUUAAAGUUGUAGGUCAUGAUGGAAAUUUAAUAAACAUACAAGAAACCGUAGGAUAUUAUGAUCCUUUACAAUAUCCUUUAUUAUUUCCAUUUGGAACAUAUGGCUGGGACACCAACACAAAAAAUCAUAAUGGCCAAAGUAUCUAUUGCCGAGAAUAUUAUAGUUUCAUGCUUCAGAUUCGUCCAAAUGAUCAGUCUGUAAUAUUACAAGCGGGACGACUUUUACAACAAUAUGUUGUAGAUAACUACGUUAAGAUUGAGACCGGAAGGUUACGAUGGAUUCGUAAUCAUCAAAACAACAUUCGUGCUGAAGUGUACCAAGGUUUGCAGGAUGCUUUGUAUGAAGGACAAACUCACGCAGAUACUGUUGGAAAGAGGACAAUAUUAACAUCGUCAUUUAUUGGUAGUCGUCGAGACUUGACACAACGAUAUCAAGAUGGUAUGGCAAUUGUUGCUCACAAUGGAAAACCUGAUAUUUUUCUUACAAUGACAUGCAAUCCAUCUUGGAGUGAAAUUUCUUCUGAACUACAAAAUCAACAAACUCCACAAGAUCGCCCUAACUUGCUCACAAGAAUCUUUCGAGCAAAAUUUGAGCAAUUGAAGGAAGAUGUUGUUAAUAAAGGAGUCCUCAGAAAAGUUAAUAGUUAUAUGUAUGUUACUGAAUUUCAAAAACGUGAGUUGCCGCAUGUACAUAUGCUAUUGAUCUUAGAUAAUAAUGAUAAGUUACGUGAUCCACAAGAUUAUGAUAGCAUUGUGAGGGCAGAAAUACCAAAUAAGGCAGAAGAACCACAGUUGCAUGAAGCUGUGUUGAAACACAUGAUACAUGGUCCUUGCGGAACUCUCAAUCCUAGAUCACCAUGUAUGAAGCGCAAUCAAUGCCAAAAGAGAUUUCCCAAGGAUUUCUUGGAAGAAACACGACAAGGUAAUGAUUCAUAUCCACAAUAUAGAAGACGUUUUGAUGAACCAAUUUCCAUAAAUAGAAAUGUGACUGUUGACAAUAGAUGGGUGGUUCCUUAUAAUCCUUAG